AUGAGUUUAUAAAUGAGGUCUAUGGAAAGGGCUUCUGUAGAUAAAUCCUAAAAUUGCCAGUAAUUAAGGAUAUUUAUAGAAGAAAUGAAUUCCUUAAUUGGUUCUGCUCUUGUAGAAGAAUUUCGAAAUGAUCAUGAGAAUGAUUUCAAUCCACAUAUAAUUUUGGGAAAUGGAGAAAGUUUGCCAAGAGGGGCAACUAAAUUAAUAAAUACUUCUGAUAUGAUUGAAUUAGGUUAGGUUGUAUUAGAUUGUGAUAUUAUCAUUUUUCAUUAGAAUUAUUGUAAAGCUGAGUAUGCAUUUAAAUUAUUGAAAUAUGGACAAUAUAACUCAUAGAAAACAUUUGUUUUAGUGAGUAAUCCAUUAACUUGGUCAACUACUACUCUAAAAGAGAAAAAAUCAGAAGAAACCGCUUUUCGAUAAUCAUUUCUGAAUGAAGAUGAAUUAUAAUUAUUUAAGAAAUAUGAAAGAUUUACUGAAAAUGAUCUUCCAAAUAGAAGAAUUAAUUUUUUAGAAAGAUUAAAACAUUUAGAAUAGUCAAUAUUGGGUUGUGAAAAAAAAGAAUUAGACACUUAUGUAAUAACACCAGGAUUAAUAUAUGGUAAUGGAGAAGAUAUUUUAUAUGAACUUUUCAAAACAGUUUGGAUGGAUCCGGAUGCUGAAUUGCCAAUUUAUGGUGAAGGGAAUAAUAUUAUUCCAAUGAUUCACGUUAAUGAUUUAGCAAGUAUAGUGAAAAAAGCUACAAUUUUAAAUCCUUAAGAUAAGUAUAUUUUUGCAGUAGAUUAUGAGAAUAUGACAUAAAAGAAAUUGAUUACUACUAUUGCUAAAUAUAUUGGGAAUGGUAAAACAAAAACAGUAACUAGUUGUUCUGAGAAGAUGUUAAUGAUGAAUGUUUGGUUGAGACCAACUCAAAUUUUUGAAUCAGAGGAUUAAUAUAUUAAUGCUAAUAAGAAUCCUAUAAUUAAUUGGUAAUUCCAAGAAGGAUUCAUUAAAAAUAUUGAUAAAAUAAGAGAUCAAUUUAAAAUAUAUCGUGGUUUAGAUACAGUUAAAUUAAUUGUUCAUGGAGGUCCAGCAGCAGGUAAAUCUUAUUUAUGUUAACAAUUAUCAAAUUAUUAUCGAAUUCCUCAUAUUUAGAUUAAAAAAUUAAUAUAAGAAUUAUUAGAUUCUCCAACCAAAAUAGGAGAAUUAGUAAAAACAACUUUAUAGUAAGUUAAAGAUUAAAUGGUUGCAGAAGCAUUCGCAGUAUUUGAGGCUGAAAAGAAAAAGAAAAAAGUACCAAAAGGGUAACCAGAACCCAUAUUUGAUGCUUCAACUAUUGUUCCUAGAUUACCUGAUUCUAUACUAAUAUAAGCAUAUUAAUGGAGACUUGAGUAAAAUGAUGCUUAAAAUCUUGGAUAUGUUUUGGAUGGUUUUCCAAAAACUUUAGAAUAAUAUGAACUAUUAUUUUAGAAUGAAAACAAUUAAGUAAUCGAAAAUAUUAAACCAAAAGGAGUUAUAUACUUGGAUUAUUCAGAUGAUUAAUUGAAGGAAAAAGCAAAAUAAAUUAUUGAUUAACCUAGAUACACAGAAGAUUAGAUAAAUAGAAGGAUAAUAAAUUUUAGAAAAUCAAACGAUUCUUUGUUAUAAUAAUAUGAAAAAUUUGAUAUUAAAAGAAUAAACAAUCCUGAAAAUGCAUUUGAUUAAGCGUAAGAGUUUAUUACUCGAAAUGGUCCAAUUUUAGUAUUAUAGGAAAAAAAAGAAGAAGAAUAAUUUGAAAUAGAAGUUGUUUAAGAAGAUGCAUCUCCAGAAUUACAAACAAUUUAAUAAUAAGAAUCAUAAUAAUUAUAAGAUAAAAAGAUACCUACAUCUCAAUCAUAAGUAUAAUAAUCCCAAUUAGGAGUAAAGAAAAAGGGAGAUUAAUUAAAUGUAAAAAUAUAUUAUUUAUUUUUUAGAAAUCUUUAAAUGAAAGUCGUGUUUCAAAAGAAAAAUAAAAAUUGACUGAUGAAUAAAAGUUUGAAUAAUUUAAAUAAUAGGAAAAAGAAUAAUUAGACUUAAGAAGUUAACCUCUUAGAUAAUAUUUAGCUGAUAAUGUAGUGCCAUAUUUAGCUGAGGCAUUGGUUGUUCUUUGUGAAAAACACCCUGAAAAUCCAAUUCAUUUUUUAGCAGACUUUUUAGAAUAAAAAGGAAAUGAAUUAUAAGCAAAUGGUUAAAUUGGAUAAUGA